UACCAAAUCUGUUGUAUUAAAAUGGAGGAAGAGUUUCAGAAAUAUGAAGCAGAAAUUAACAGUGGGAGUGAGGGCGUGGAAGAUACUUCAAGUGAAGACGAGGAAUCUCAUUAUAUUUAUGAUGACCUUCUGGGGCCAAGAGGUUCACCUUCAGUUCAGCCGUCUUUUUCAUCUGUAUACACCACCCCAAUCUCGAUGGGACCAGCAAUAACACUCCAACCCAUUCGGCCCGCAUCCUAUGCAUAUGUGGAACAGCAACAGAGCCCACAGCUGCAAUUCAAUUAUCCCACAAUCCAGACUUCUUCAGACAUUCCUUCAACAUCCACGACUACACCACGUGUAGGAAGGCCCCCUUCGAGAAGAUGGCGCCGUGGUCGUCCUAGGAUGUCUAGAAGUCCUCAAUAUCAACAAACCUCACUGAUCCAAAUACGCCGUGGUCGUCCUAGGAUGUCUAGAAGUCCUCAAUAUCAACAAACCUCACCGAUCCAAAUAUCACCAGCCACAACGCCAACCCAUCCAGUUUCAAGUCCAUUGCCAUCUACCCCAAGAUCUUCAGUUUGGGAUGAAAAUGAAUCCGAACAUCCUCCACAACCUAUUCCAUUCACAGGUCAGUCUCGGCAUCACCUGAAAGGUGACCAAUCUCUCCAUUAUCGGUUCUAUUUCAAUUUUUGGAUAAUGAUUUUUGGGAUAACAUCACAUCCCAAACCAACUUGUAUGCGGAAUAAGAGAAGCAAAGAAUUGGAGAUAGUGCGACCCCACGAAGUUAUGUCAGUGAAUGGAAACCAGUAACAGUGGCUGAAAUAAAAGUCUUCCUUGGCAUCAUAUCAAGAUCGCAACAGGAAAAGUUAGUGAUGAGUCCAACACCACAUAUGCGGUUGUGAUGCAUCUCAUGAGGAAUUAUCUAGGUGUCGGACAUGAAGUGUAUACUGAUAGAUACUAUACAUCACCCCAACUGUUUGCUGAGUUGUACAGACAAAAAACUGUCGCGGUCGGUACAUGCCGAAUUGAUAGGCGUGGCCUACCAAGAAGUACGAUUCAAAAAAAACUCGAAAAAGGGGGGAUAGUUUCUUCCAGAAAAGGCUCACUGCUUGUUUUGAAGUGGAAAGACAAGCGUGAUGUACUUAUGCUUUCCACAAAACAUAUAAGCGACACUAAAACAGUUCAAGUUCGUGGGCCUGGGGGAUACAAAGAUAAAGUGAAGCCUGUCGUUGUUCAGGAUUAUAAUGACAACAUGGCUGGUGUUGAUAAGUCUGACCAGAUGUUGUCUUACUACAGUUUUGAGAGAAAAACCAAAAAAUGGUGGAA